CCUCGCUUUCGCACAGGAUAGCAACAGAGCGACAACAAUUCUAUAGAAAAUCCGGCAAUAUCGGGGAUUCAAUCCCCUUUUUAUCAAGUAUGACUCUAAAUCCUCUCGCCAACCCGAAAGGCGUAAAGCUGGUAUGUGAACUGUGUCAGAAACCAGCGUUUAUACAGUGUACAAAAUGCAGAGUUACGUAUUAUUGUGGUGUAGAGCAUCAGAAAGCCGACUGGUUAGGGAUCCAUGAAAAGAUUUGCCAGCUCUUGAUUCCUUUGAGAACACCCAUCCCCUUCCUAGCUUCAGAUGAAGAAAGACAACAUAGAAAGGACCAGUUAUUACAGAGACAGAGACACAUGAUAGAUCUGACAAGAACAACAGGGCAGAAGCUUUUGUUUGAGGGAAGACACGAGCAAGCCGUUCCAGCUGCAAUGCAGUCACUGAGAUUUGCUAUAGAAGUCCAUGGAUUGGCUAGCAUAGAACUGGUGCCUUCAUAUUUAAUACUGGGAGAGGCCAGCAUAGGUUUAGGUAGACUAUCCCAGGCAGAGGAAUACCUGAUGCAGGCACAGUGGACAGUGGUCAAGACCCCAGAGUGCUCAGAUGCCAUCAAGUCCAAACUGUACAGGAACCUGGGACUGCUCUAUGCUGCCAAGGGGGAGUAUGAGGAGUCUCUGAGGCAGUUAGCUGAUGAUAUUUUCCAUGCCUCCAUGGAGUUUUCCCCAGAUGACAUUAGGACAAGUGGCGGAUAUUUCCACAUGGCAAAUGUUUUCUUUAGACAAAACAGAAUGGAAGUAGCAGACUCUCUAUAUGCUAGGGUCACAGAUAGCUGGUAUGACUACUUACAAAAGAUAGUCAGUGUUCGAACAGCCACACCCAUAGAUACAACAGGAAUUGGAGCCAUCGCCAUGGAGAUAAACCAAGAGGAAGAGGAGGGGCUGGAUGAGGCCCAGGAAGCAGAAGCCAAACAGGUCCUAAAUGCCAUAUAUGACAUCAGAGAUCAACAGUCAAAUAAAAAACCUGAAAUUGUUGCCAAAAUUUGCCAUGCUUUGGCUAUGCUGUAUUUUAUACUACAUGAAGUGGAGAAGGCCAAAGAGUAUGGACGGAAAGCAGUGGUGACGAGUGAGGGUAAUCCUGAUGACGAACUGUCACGAUCCAUUGUAGAGUUCAUGAAGAUUUGUGACUCAGUCAAUGAGGUCACCAUGUAAACAUUGUAGAGUUCAUGAAGAUUUGUGACACAGUCAAUGAGGUCACCAUGUGAACAUUGUAGAGUUCAUGAAGAUUUGUGACACAGUCGAUGAGGUCACCAUGUGAACACUGUAGAGUUCAUGAAGAUUUGUGACUCAGUCAAUGAGGUCACCUUGUGAACAUUGUAGAGUUCAUGAAGAUUUGUGGCUCAGUCAAUGAGGUCACCAUGUAAACAUUUUAGAGUUCAUGAAGUUUUGUGACACAGUCAAUGAGGUCACCAUGUGACCAGGAGAGGUCAUGUCAUAGGUCAUAUUCAAGGUCAUAUUAGGUCAAGGAAAAGAUCUAUCAAGGGAAUGAAUAUUAGAUCAAGCGUGUAGUUGUAUAAAUGUUCUUGGUUAUGUUUCCCUGUAAAAGCAGCAUAUAGU